CUGUUUUGACGGUGAGAUGAUGACGGCCGACCUGCCCCGACGCAGCGGUGAUGCCCCGACAACUACCGCCCGUGGUGGCUCCCCCGAGCCUCACGACGAAGAGAACGAACGCCCCGUUGGGUUUGGAGAAGAGACAUGGGUGGCCCCAGCGGUUGGGCAGGGCCAUGUCGACGUUGUAUCGCUCUGUGAAAUGCCACUUUCCAUCGGCCACCCGAGUCCCGUCCGGAUCCUACGUGCCCUGGCCCGUCCCAGUCGCAACCCUGUCCUGACACAAGCCGAACCACCUAAUACCUACAAGCUCCACCCGGCAACAGAAGUUAUGCAGUUGGCGAAGACAGAGAGGGUGUGA